AUGACAAACUGGCUGUGGAAGAGAACCAUAUUCUUCGUCACGCUAUGGACAGUAUCGCAUGCAGUCUACAUCAGUCGCAUGUCACCUAUGACCAGGCUGAGAUCACCUGUAGCAUUCCGGCCUGGCGUUGUACUCCAAAGACCUGCAUAUCCCCAUCCGCAGCGCAUAGUCCCAGCUGCUUCUAGAAGGGCACCGUAUAUUAUGUACCGGAAUACACCACACAGAUACGCCAUGAAGCAUAAUAUAAGUCCGGCACCUACACGGAACAUUUUCAAUCAUUGGAAGACGACACGUCUACCGCUACCUAGCCCGACAGCUGAGUACGAGUUUGUGAGGGCCUCGCCAACGCCUAUCAUUCAUCCUGACGGUACAGGUGCAAUCCACACAAUACCAGCGCCCAACCUCAGCCUCUCUGACAAACCGAUAGUGGUCGCCGAGACAGAUGGCACUGCUGCUAACGAUGCUUCUGAUGCGCCAAAACCAAGUUAUGAAGUCACGGAAAAGUAUUCAGAUCAACCGAUGUAUCAGACUAAUGCCAAAAUUGAAACGCCCAUUGGAUUUUCGAAAGCAUCUUCAAUGUCAGCAGCCGAUCUACAAAACAUAGUCAGACAUAAUGCCGCAUUACAACUUGCUUCAGAAUAUGGUUUUCCAGCAAUUCAACUCUCCCAACCAACCGUAGAACUACCGCAACCUACAAUUAUACCGCACCAAUUUUCAAUGCAGGGAUUUCAUGGAUUUACAAAUCAACAAGAUUUUAUGCAUAGAGGUGCUGAAAAUAUAAUAAUACCCCAAAACGCAUAUUACCAACAGGAUCCGGUGUUUUUGCAUAGGCUUCAAGGUCAAUUAUUACAGCAGUACCCAGUCGAGUUCAUACCAUACACGCCAGACAUACAACCGCAAGUGCAAACACAGAUACCGGAAACUCAAACGCCACUAUUCUUAUUACAAAAUGAGCAAAUAACAAAACAAGUUCCAUCAUCAUUUGUCGCCAGUGAUAAUAAUCAAAAGAAUAUCGUCCAAAGAGAAACUCAAGAAGGUUUUAUCGCGUCAAUAGUUCCCCAUGCAUUUACUGCUAAAAACGUAUCUGAGAAUUUAAUUGAAAUUGAUGUAACGACUACCGUUAUGCCUCAGAAUGUUACUUCAGAAACAGUAUCUACUGAAUUGCAAGCUAUUACGACAACAAUUAAAAGUGUCGAUGUAAAUAAGGAAGAUCAAAGAACAACUCCUAUAUAUUACGCUCAAAUAGGUCAAAGCGUAGGUAACGUUAUAGCGAAUGGCUUCUACUCGGCAAUAAACGACGUCAGAGCUGCAUCAAUAGAUGCUGACAAUUAUCAAAAUGAAAAUAUUACAACCACAACUGUAUCUACAACAACACAACGGGAUGCAGAAUCUUUAUUAGUAAAUAAAGAAAAUGAUACAAAACUUGAUGAUUUGAAGAAUUUAGUAGGUUCUCCUUUCGAAAAAACAGCUGAAUCCGUUAACGUGGCUUACACUUUGUUCAGGGCUAACGAAAAACAACCAAAAAUAAAUCAAGAUGGCGAAGUUUUCGCUGGACAGCUGGUAGAAGCAAAAAUAAGUGAGGAUCAAGAAUUUAAUAAAGAAAAGGCUACUUUAGCCAAUCGCCCACCACUUCGACUAUACGCUGUAACAGAAAAGAGAGUAUCCGAGACUACUCCACAAAGAACGGUAGUAAAAGCUAAAAUUCCACCUAAAAGUAAGCUUACAUUUGAUGAUAAAACCGGUGAGCCGGUUUUAAGAAUAUAUGCCAGCUACAUUGAUAACCCAGUUCAGAAAGAAAUAUUAACCACAAAAUUGACAAAUAUGAAACGUCCAAAGGAAGUAACUAGAAAGCAAGAUAAUUUUGACUGGAAAACGGAUGUUGUAAAAAGUCUAGAAAAGUCGAUAAAUAGUGAUGUCAAUCAAAGAUCGCAAUUCGGAUUAAAACUAAAAUCUAGAAGCGACGACUACAUUCCAAUAUUCGAAGAUUAUGAAGAAUAA